ACACACACACACACACCUUCCUGCCCGCCCGCCCGCGGCCGCCGGACCUGGGUAGCGGCGGCUUCCGGCGGGGCGGGCUGCCGGCGCCAUGGGGCGGCCGCGGCGGUUCCUGGAGGCGGCAGCGCGGGAGCUGGCGGGAGCCUGCCCCGGCCAGGCGCGGUUCCUGAUGUGGACGCUCCGCAAGUGCCGAGAUAAAGAAUACGGAUUAGAAAAGGUGUGCCCAUACUGCUUCCAGAUCCGAGUUCCUGAUAGCCACCGGGUGCGUCUCAAGCCAAAGAUGAAAGUGACUCCACAGAUAGAGAAAGUUCUUAAACGGGAGGCGAAGAACCAUAAGCUUAAUAUGAAGCAGACAAAGCUUUUGAAAAGGUACAGGGAAUCAAGAAGUGUUCUGCUGGUUACUUGCAACUCAUGCAACAAAACAACAAGACAUUACGGUAAAAGCAGGGAUUUUCUGGCUUCCGAGACACACAAUUCUGGCACUCCAAGUAUUAAAUCUAGCCUGAGGACACCAAAUGUAAAAAUUGAGUCUGCAACCGAAGUGACACCAGGAAGCUGCAGUAGGUUGGAAUCUAACAGGAACAGUCCCUCAUCACUUCCCAGAACACAUGUAUCCGGCCAGGCAACAACCAGCUCUGCUUCCAAGACACCGCGAAACUCCAAAUUUUACUUUUCUAAGCUAAAACGGAUGCUUAGCCUUGAAGAAAAAGAGAAAAGCCAGAAGGCAGAUUUGAAAACCUUCUUGACUUUACUUUAGUUUUACAUUAUUUCAAAGUAAUAAAGAUUACACCAAUAAGUAUUGUUCCAGUUUUAGUAAAUCAACAAAGUUAGUGUUUCUCUAAAACUCAGGCUAUAGAGAACAGCAAGUACCCUGUGAAAGCAUAGACCAUGUUUUUAGAAAGCAAGCUGUAUUUCUGAGGGGGCUGAUUGUCCGCAGGAGGGGGAUGAUAAAACAGGCUGAUACACUUGGGAAUCUUGAACGUGUGUUACAAGUCUCUAAUAGCCCAGGAAUUAAAAAUCAGAUUCAAUCCUUUGAGGAAGCCAACAGUAAUGGACCCAUCAGCAGGUUCAGCAGGACUAAAAGAUAGGUUUGCAGAGCUGAAAGCAGUUUGGUGGUGGAGAGGUUACAGUUUGGUCUAUCUCACUCCCACUGUUUUUAAGGUAACACAUCUGUCUAUAUUUAGCUUUUACCUGGGGCUAAACUAUAGCAGUCGCUGUAUCACCCAGUGACCACUCCCCAGCUGAGAUGGAAUCAGGCAAAGGAAACUCACGGGUUGAUAUGAAAAUGAAUUUAAUGAAGUAGCAACUAAAGUAGUUGAAGUAGUACUAAUGCAAACAUACAGUAUACAGGGUUAUAAUAAGCCUAGGCCUCAGGAGAAGCAGGAGGGAGAGAGUUCAAGAAUAAAGAGCCUCAGAAAGAGGAGCUCCCUGUCCACAGCAAGCUUUCCCCUUUGUAACGAGUGAUGUUUAUGGUAUGGGAUACACCUGUGGUCAGCUUGGGUCAGUUGCCCUGACUUAAGCCUGCAGCUGACUCAAAAACUGCCUACCAUGGCUGGCCUAUGAUUCUGUUCCAGCAAAAGAUCUCAUUCGCAUUUUGCAUCUUUGAGUAAAUCAAAGGUGCUUUAACUGGCUCUUUCUGCAGGCACGGUAUUUUCAAGGAUCUAAUGCAGUGUCCUAUGCUCUUGCUGUUUAUCAAUACUUGUGGUAAUUUAAACAGCCAUUACGAAGGUACUCUUUGAAAAGACAGCACUCAGAGAGAUAAAACAGUGUAUCAGUAGAUUAAGUUUCUUAAUUUUCUUAAGAAUGUGAUACAGACUGCAGACAAACUGCUUCCAGGGUAACAGCCUGUGUAAGACAGUGCUCUAAUGGAGGAUGCUUUCAGUGCUGAGGACAGCUCCACACUAGACUGCUUUCAGCAUCCCAAUUUGUUAUGGCUGAGAGUGGCACAGACAUAACGAAUAAUUCUAAUUGCUCUGGUGCUGUCAGUGGGUCACUUUUGUCUUGUUCAGAAAUGGCUAAGGAGAGAACCUCUUUCUUAUAAGUCUUUCAUUUUUGUCCGGCAUAAAGCUUUAGAGUUUCUUCCUUUCUGACUUCAAUUUGGAAAAACAGGUUUGCCCUGGACAGUAGUCAACUCGCUGCACCAAAUAAUUUUGCUGUGAAUAGACAGUUGUCAAGGCUAAAGCAGCCUCCAGUGUCAGAUUUUACAUUUUCAGUUCAGCUCAGAGGUAAGAAAGGACAGCACAAAGUCAACAUUCAGGACUGAGUUCAUUGCCUGUCCCGUGUAUAGUCUGAGGUGACAGUUCUGCACAUCAUGCUUCAGAUUUCCCCUCUGAAAAGAGUCAGUUAAAACAUUUAAAUUCUUGGGCUUAAAGUCCAGCAACUUCCUUUUUUUUUUUUUUUUUUUUUUUUUUGUAUUCUAAUGAACAGUUUCAGCACUCUCAAACUCAAUGAAUACCACUUAAAAAGUAGGACCAUCAAGUAAGUUGGCAGACUUGAAAACAAUACAGGGCAGGGAGAACAGUUUGUUACAAGUUCUACUUAGGGUCUCAGAGACUGGCAUGUAACCUUUUUAUAUUUCCUGUACAUUUGCACAACUUUCAAUGGUUCACUGCCACUUGCUUCUUCCAUAUGUGUAGGAUCAAAUUAACUCAUUUUUUGAUCAAAAUAUGGACUUUUGAGUUAUGCCUUUUCCACUGUAGAACUUGGCAUUAAUUCACCUGUUGUUGAUGUAUUUAUGAUCCUGUCCUCUGGAAAAAGACUUCAAUCUUGUUGAUGGAAAAUGUGUAUUAUAAAAAAGUAUUUGAAAA